AUGCAAGAUCUAAUGAAAGACCACCAUCGUCACUGUUUAGCUGUAAAUAUCCUGUCAGGAAAGUUCUCGUAUAAUACCCUACAGAUUGAACUGAAAAAUCACUGGACCCCCAUGCAAAUUAAACACCUAGAAACUAUUACUCAUACGGAGGCCUACAAACUGGUUAUGCAUCAUGAAACUGAUAAGAACAAGAUUUUAGAACAUAAACCCUGGAUUAUUUCUGAACAAGUGGUAUUGUUUGAGGACUAUGAAAAGUUCAUCGCUAACCCUGAUCAGAGUUUUCUAGUUGCUGUUUUUUGGCUGCAGAUUCUCCAUCUCCCAAGGUACUGGAUCGACAAGCUCUCCAUUGAACAACUACUACAGAACGUCGGAACAGUACUGGAAGUUGAUCUUAGUUCUUCUCCACCAAGAGCUAAAAUAGAAAUGGACCUCCAAAACCCCUUUACCCCAGGUAUUCUACUGAACUGUGAAAAAGCUACUUGGAUCCAGCUGGCUUAUGAAUAUCUACCCAUGAUUUGUUAUCGAUGUGGUUUUCUCGGCCACAUAGCAAGAGAAUGUUCCAAAUUCGUUAGCACAGACCAUGUUCUGAUGGAUACUCAGUUCCCCAAAUUUCCAUAUCACCGCCUCAACAGCAGGAUGAAAGAUCAAAACCCACAACCAAAAACCCAAAAUAUGCUGACAUCCUCUUCAUCCAAUAUCCCCUCAAAAACAUCAGCCUCUACCCACCAAUCAUGA